GUCCUACUACCAAACGCUCAUUAAACAAAGCAACAACAGUAAUUAUAAUAUGAUUAAACACAAUUUAGCAUAAGCAGAGAGUCUAUAAAUCCCUCUUCAGCAAUAUCCUAGGAUCAUAACAAAGAAGUUCCACUGACUUAAGGUUUUUACAACUUCUUGUUCCGGCUUUCAAUGAUGAAAGGUUCUCCGGCGAAUUUAGCUUUAGCUGUAAUAAUAAUGUACCUUCUUGUGGGUGCUUUUCCUGCAACUUCUGCAUUAGUUCCUCAUGGUGAUGAGAAGAGUUCAUGGCAUGUUGACUGUAUACAUGGCUUGACAAGGAUACUUGGAAGAAAAGAAGGUAACUUCGGAUGUCAAAAUGUCAUUGUUAGCAAGAAGAUAGUGCCCACUCGGAGCCUAAAAGUAACGAGCAAAUCCCCGCCUCCACCACCCACUAAGAAUACGGCAAAGUCACUGGGUGCUACCGUAUCACCUCUAGUUGCUGCUGCAUGAUAGCUAUGCUAUUUUUGUAUUCUAUGGAUGGCUUGAUGUUUGUGUGGUGUGUAUUAUUCUCAAUAUUUCACGUCGCGAAAUUUUAAGACCUACUCUUACAAGCUAUGAUGUCUUGGUCCUCUAUUCAUCACCAAUCGAUUUAGUAACAGAAUCGUAACCAAUUGUUCAUGCAACUGGCCGGAAUAGUAGCUUAUAGCA